UUUUGAGCGUUGUUUUGAAAACACAACAAACAAAUACAGAAAAACGAUUAAUUAUUAUAUCUUUUGAUCGCAGUUUUAGCAAAAAUUAAGUUCCAGGCAGCCAUGUAAGUAAUGUAGUUUGUUUCCUGAAGAAAAAUGGCUUAUAACGCAGAAGAAAUGCCAUCAUUUUCAGACAAUUAUCUGGACGAUUCAUUCGCCAGUGUUGGAAACUCAACAAGGUCUCUACUCUCUCCUCUUUUGAACGAAAAAUUACGAAUUCGCUCGUCAACACCGGAAAAAGAGAACCAAAGAGAGAUCGAUGAUGAAGAAGAAGAAUCGUAUGAAACUGAAAAAUCAAGGAAUAUGGUCUUAACAAGCAUAAGUCUUCGCAAUAGAAGUGGGAAAAGUUUGUCAUCUCGUAGCAGCCAUGAUCCCAGCAGAAAGACAAGUCAGAACACUACGUGUAGCUCUUUUGCAUCUAGUAUUAAUAGUACUUACAUAAGCCAAGAGAAAGAAAAACAAGAACAGCUAUCUCCUUGGGAAGAUUGGCUGAUCAAAAAAAGCCGCCAAGAACGAGAAGAAAUGGAAAAAAGGAAAAUUGAGAAAUGGAAGGAAAAAAGAGAAUUGAUGGAAAAGGAGAAGGAGGAGAAAGAAAAGAGAAAGAAAGUUGAAGAAAAAGUAGAACGAUGGAGUGUUGAAAAACAAGACAAGGAGAGAGAAACAAGACAAAAGAAGAAAUCAGAAAUGGAACAAAAACGGAGAAUAGAAAUAGAAAAGCAACAGGAAAUAGAAAAGAAAUCAGCAGUCGCUUAUAAAAAAUGGCUGAAAAAAAAACGAGAAAGAGAACUUGAGGCAAAGAAAAUAAAAGAAAUUGAAGAAAUGAAAAAGAAAGAAAAAGAAGUGGAAAAAAGGAUGAAAUGUGAACAUGCAUUUGAAGAAUGGCUUAAAAAGUCUAAAAGUCAACAAAAGGGAGAAUCUUAUAGCUGCGGACAUGGAGUAUUGAAGAGCUACUAUGAUUGGGUGUCUUAUCCUACACCCAGCUACAUUAACCCAAUGCCGUGGGUACCACCUGUCUCUAAGAAACACAGAGAAGCCAGACAAAGACGGAAAGAGCUGCAGCCAGUAUCUCCACCUUUAUUAUUUAGAGAUUAUGAAAAGAGAAGGACAAAAAAGAAUGUUGUACAAAUGAAGUAGGUUUUUCAAUUUCUUGGUAAUCUGAAAAAUAAAUCUCAUUUUGAAAAGAUUUUUCGAAAAUUACAUUUCACUUACAAAAUAAUUGCUUAAACUAGUGAUGAAUUUGUUUCAUUCAAGUUCCUUCAAGAGCUCUUGUAAAUGAUAAAACACUUUAGAGAUUACACUUAAUUGCAAAUAUAUAGUUUUCAAGCUCUAUUAAAUUGUAAAUUUUUUGAUUCCAAUAAGUUAUUUAUAUAUUGGGACCUUUUUGGGAGGUUCUUUUUUGAGUUGUAAGGAUAUAAUGUUGGUGUAAAGUUUAAGAAACAAUACUCAAGGAAAUGAUAAAGGAAAGGUUUUUUAGAAGCCUAAAGGAAAAAGUAAUAAGGGAAUGACAUCCAUCUAGAGUGCUUGCACUAUAUCAGUGAAUCAAUUACUAGCCAAGUAAAACUUAACAGUAUUUAGUUAUCAACUAUAUAGUUUUAUAAAAUAACUGUUUUAAAUCUUGCAUUCUCAUUGGUUGGGAGUGUGUGCUUUAUGAGAGUACACAGCAAGCACGCGCCCUUUGCAUUUUAUAAAAGAUAUAAAAAACUUGCUUGCUGUGCUGUGUGGAGUUAUAAAGCACUUGGGGAUCAGCAGAACACUCAAGAAGUGUCGAAAAGCACUCCGCUACGUGUUGUGCUUCUCCUAACACUUCUCUGGUGUUUUGCCAAUCCCUGCAUGCAUCAUAACUGCACACAGCACAAUAGCUGCAAUUAGACAAUAAAUCUUUGGUUUUGUUUCACGGAUA